AUUAAGCAUUUGUAGAUUAAGUCAAGGACGUCUAGGUAAAUCACAAAAACAUUAUGACUCUUGACAUGAACUUGGCCAAUCAACACCCACUGUGACUCAAAAGUUUCCCCUUAGUAGAAAUCAAAAUUACACGCUCACAUGUUGAGGGGACCAUUCUGGCUUUCUCUCCCUCUCCUCUGGCUUCCCUUGUUCGUGCACAGCAGACAGCCAGAGAAUCAAACAGCUGUGCUCACACUACGGCCAAAAAGCAAUAAACCUAAAGCAAAAGAAGAUUGCAAAACAAAGUGUUCCUCUAUUGCUAAUUUCCACCUUCACUUAACUCAAUGCUUGUGAUUUUCCUGUAACCCUUUUGCACGUGAUUUCUCAAAAAGACAAUCUCCACCAAAGGCAACAAAAACAACAAAAAAAAAUCUGUAUAUAACCGUAGCACUACCUCUCCUCCCUUCUCUCAUUAACAAACCUUAUCAUUCAGCCAUAAAUAAAAGGAUGAAGCUCGCCUUGGUUUUCGUUAUUGCUAUCUUCCUCCUUCAGGCUGUAGUUCAGGCUUCUGCGCUAAGCAAUGCUGAAAAUUCUCUUGCCAGUAGGGAUGUAGAAAGUAAUGCCAUAGCUAUUCAUGGAAAGCAUCCCAAGAAAAUUAAUUGCAAGUUUGCGUGUGCAAGGAGAUGCAGGAAGUCAUCGAGAAAGAAUGUAUGCCAUAGGGCGUGCAAGACAUGCUGCAACCGCUGCCAUUGUGUUCCACCAGGUACCUAUGGGCACCACAGUGCAUGCCCUUGCUAUGCUAGCCUCAAAACCCAUGGUAACAAGCUCAAGUGCCCUUGAAUUGUCCUAUAUAAGCCAAUUUCACUUUGGCUGGUGCUAGCUGUUGCUUCUAAGUGUGUAAUAAGGGAAUUGAACCUAUCUACAUGAUUUUAAUAUUUCCAGUUUUUAAUUAUGCCAUUUUUGCAAGAGAGUGCUUGCAGCCGUGAAAAUUCUUAUUCAUAUUUCAUGCACUUAUCUAAUAUUUCCUGUUGACUAAUCUUGAUCCCAAGCUUCUUUUUUAUUUUAUUUUUAAUUUUCAAUUGCACAAUGAAAUAUAAAUUUUUUUUAUCUUU